AUGCCUAAAGAAGAUUGCAAGACAGAAAAGAAUAUAGACAGUAUUGAUGAGAAUGUAUUAAAAAAGUAUGAUAUUUUAAAAAAGGUUGGUAAAGGAGCUUAUGGUGUUGUAUUUAAAGGUAGAUGUAAGAAAAAUAGAAAUAUUGUGGCUGUGAAGAAAAUAUUUGGAGCAUUUCAAAAUUGUACGGAUGCUCAAAGAACAUUUAGAGAAAUAAUAUUUUUGUAUGAGUUAAAUGGACAUGAUAAUAUAAUAAAAUUAAUGGAUGUUAUAAAAGCAAAGAAUGAUUAUGAUAUAUAUCUUAUAUUUGAUUUUAUGGAAACAGAUUUGCAUGAAGUGAUAAAAGCAGAUUUAUUAGAAGAUAUACAUAAGAAAUAUAUAAUAUAUCAAUUAUUAAGAGCUUUAAAAUAUAUUCAUUCUGGAGGUUUAUUACAUAGAGAUAUAAAACCAUCAAAUAUAUUAGUAAAUUCAGAAUGUCAUAUAAAAGUAGCAGAUUUUGGAUUAGCAAGAACUAUUUCAACACAUAUCAAUGAAAAUAAAAUACAUGUACUAACAGAUUAUGUAGCUACUCGAUGGUAUAGAGCUCCUGAAAUUUUAUUGGGUAGUACGAAUUAUUCUCAAGGUGUUGAUAUGUGGUCCCUUGGUUGUAUCAUGGGGGAAUUAUUAUCUGGAAAGCCUUUAUUUACAGGCAAUUCAACAAUGAAUCAAUUAGAGAAAAUAAUACAAGUAAUAGGAAAACCUGAUAAAAAGGAUAUAGAAGAUAUUCGAUCAUCUUUUGCUGAGACAAUAAUUUCUUCUUUUGUAGAUUUAAAAAAAAAAAAUUUAAAAGAUAUAUGUUAUAAGGCUUCUAACGAAUCCUUAGAUUUAUUACAACAGUUGUUACAGUUUAAUCCAUCCAAAAGAAUAAGCGCAGAAAAUGCCCUUAAACAUAAAUAUGUUGAAGAAUUUCAUUCAAUUAUUGAUGAACCUAUAUGUAGACACAUUAUCACAGUUCCCAUUAAUGAUAAUGCUAAAUAUAAAGUUAAUUUCUAUAGAGAUAUUGUUUAUUUUAUUAUUAUGCGCAAGAAAAAAAUUUACUCUAAUGCACUCAAACAAGCAGAAAAAUAUAAAAAACAUGAAAAGAAAGAUGAAUGUUAUAAAAGGGAGAAGCAUAAAAAAAAAAAAGCUACAGUUCAAAAUAAUAAGGUACAUAUGAAGGAUAAAGAAUAUAACCAUCAGAUGAUAUGUUCACAAGGGAAUCCACAUGAAGAUAUAAAGGAUGACCAGAAAAAAUAUAAAAUUUAUGAAGAAACUCAUGUCGAUACAACAAAACAAAUGGAUUGUCUCAACAUAGACCAUGUGUUUCAUAAUAGCAGUGAUAUAUCUUAUGAUGAUAAGAGGGAAAAAACAAAAUUGGAAUCAGUAUACAAGGAAAUAAAAAAAAAAAAAAAGGAUAGAAUGAAAAAUGUUCAUUGUAAGGAUGAAAAAAGGGAAGUAUUUUAUGAGGAUAGAAAAAAGGAGAGCUUAACGAAUUUUACUACAACAACGACGGUUAGUAAAAGUGAUGAUGAAGAAAUGGAGAUGAGUCAGAUGGAAAUAAGAGGACCAAUAAAAGAACAAAUAAAAGGACAAAUGGAAGGACAAAUAAAAGAACAUAUGGUAGGACAAAUAAAAGAACAUAUGGUAGGACAUAUAAAAGAACAAAUGGAAGAACAAAUCAAGGUGAUUCAAAAUAAUAUUAGUAAGAUUUCCAUAGACAGUAAUACAAUCAGUAGCACUAUCAGUGGGACUGAACCUAAUAGUAGACAUAAUUUUAAUAAUAAAAAAAUUGUUGAAUCUUUUAAUACUAAAGAAAGAAAAAAUAAUGACACAUUGUUUCAUGCUAAUAAGAAGUUUAUAUUUUCUAAAGAAAAAAAUAAGAUUAAAAAUUAUAACUUAGAAAAAAAAAAUUCAAAAUAUAAGGCAUCUUCUGGUUUUAAAAAAAAAUCAUAUGAAAAAGAAAAAAAUACUCACCAUUAUUUUGAAACCAAAUGUAGUAGGACCCCAUCAGGGAAGAAUUAUAAUCAUUCUAUGGAGGAUGGAAGUAAUAAAAAAUAUGAGGAUGGAAGUAGUAAAAAAUAUGAGGAUGGAAGUAGUAAAAAAUGUGAGGAUGGAAGUAGUAAAAAAUAUGAGGAUGGAAGUAGUAAAAAAUAUGAGGAUGGAAGUAGUAAAAAAUAUGAGGAUGGAAGUAGUAAAAAAUAUACAAGUAGUAGUAAUAAAAAAUAUAUACAUAAUAAUAACCAUUUUAAUAAUAAUCAUUGUCACUAUAGUCGUAGAGGCUCUUUGAAAAGCCUAAACAAAGAAGAAGAUAGCUGCCCCCAAAGAACAUGCAAGAAUACAGAAAAAUUACAUUUACCUACUGUAAUAAAUAAAAGCACAAGACCGUUGAAUACUUUAUCUCGCAAUUAUUAUAAUAAAGACGAAGAAAAAAAAUAUAUGAGCAAUAGUAAGUUAAAAAAAGAAGUAAAGAAAAAAAUAUGGAGACAUCUUAUAGAUAAUGAGAAUAAAAAAAGUCAAGAUAUGAUAGAUUAUGAUUAUAAUCAUAUAGUAAAUAAGACAGAAAAGAUUCAUAGCAAGAUUAAUUUUAAAUAUGAUGAGAAAAAGAAAACGGAGGAGAAAUCUGUUUCAAAUACGGAACGAAAAAGAUAUCAUGAUACUAAUACCAUUUAA